AUGUCCAAAACAUUCACACAGAGUGACAUUGCGUCACACAACAAGCCCGACUCGCUGUGGAUUGUUGUCGAUGGCGAUGUUUACGACUUGACAAAGUUUCAGGAUGAUCACCCUGGCGGCAAGAAGAUCCUUGCACGUGUUGCCGGCAAGGACGCGUCAAAGCAGUUUUGGAAAUACCACAAUGAAGGUAUUUUGAAGAAGUACAAGGGCCAGCUACAGAUUGGCUCCUUAGAUACAAAGCCAAAGGCCGAGUCAGCGCCUGCGCCCAAGCCUGCGCCCGAGCCUGCUGCCAAGCCUGCUGCCAAGCCUGCAGUUGCACUGGCAAAGAAAGAGGAGAAGAAGGAGGUAGAGCCUCUUGAGCCAUUUGGUGCAGCCAUCCCGUUUGCCGACCCGGGCUGGUACCAGAGCUACCGUUCUCCCUACUUCAACGAGACACACGUCGCAUUGCGUGCCGAGGUUCGCGAGUGGAUUGAGAAUGAAAUCGAGCCGCACGUCACUGAGUGGGAUGAGGCCCGUCUGGUCCCCCCCGAGAUAUACAAGGAAAUGGGUCGUCGUGGUUAUUUGGCCGGGCUGCUCGGCACGGAGUACCAGACCGCUUACACAGAGAACCGCGUGCAAUCGGUGCCACCUGAGAAGUGGGAUCUCUUCCACGAGUUGCUGUUGACAGACGAGAUCUCACGUGCCGCAUCUGGCGGCUUUGUGUGGAACCUCGUCGGCGGUUUCGGUAUCGGUUGCCCGCCAUUGGUUAAGUUCGGCCGCAAGAGUCUCAAGGACCGUAUUCUGCCAGGUAUCCUCAACGGCGACAAGCGGAUCUGCCUUGCCAUCACGGAGCCCGAUGCCGGUUCCGACGUGGCCAACCUGACUUGCGAGGCUAAGUUGAGUGAGGAUGGCAAGCACUACAUUGUCAAUGGCGAGAAGAAGUGGAUCACAAACGGCAUAUGGUCUGACUAUUUCACCACGGCUGUACGCACUGGAGGGCCCGGUAUGAACGGUGUCAGUCUGUUGUUGAUCGAGCGCUCCUUUGGCGGCGUCAGCACGCGCAAAAUGGACUGCCAGGGAGUUUGGUCCAGCGGCACAACGUACAUCACCUUUGAGGAUGUCAAGGUGCCCGUGGAGAACCUACUGGGCAAGGAGAACCAGGGCUUCCGCGUCAUCAUGACCAACUUCAACCACGAGCGCAUCGGCAUCAUCAUUCAGUGCUUGCGCUUUAGCCGCGUGUGCUACGAGGAGGCCGUGCGUUACGCACACAAGCGCCGCACCUUUGGCAAGAGUCUCAUCGAGCACGACGUCAUCCGCCUCAAGCUGGCCCACAUGGCUCGCCAGAUCGAGGCCAGCUACAACUGGCUCGAGAAUGUCAUCUACCAGUGCGAGACUAUGACUGAGACCGAGGCUAUGCUGCGCCUCGGCGGUGCCAUUGCCGGCCUCAAAGCCCAGAGCACCAUCACCUUUGAGUACUGCGCCCGCGAGGCUAGUCAGAUCUUUGGCGGCCUGUCGUACUCGCGCGGUGGCCAGGGCGGCAAGGUCGAACGGCUGUACCGUGACGUGCGUGCCUAUGCCAUUCCUGGUGGCUCCGAGGAGAUCAUGCUAGACCUGAGCAUACGCCAAAGUCUACGCGUAGGCAAGGCUACAGGGAUGAAGCUGUAA